UGAUCGCUUUAGCCUCAACGAUUUGUAUUGUCUGCAUCAUCACUGUCAUUGUGCAUAUAGUAGUUCACCUUUACUGCCGGAAAAGGUCCUCACAGACAAAACCAAGCGAUACAGUCAUAUUUCACAACGAAAGGAGAGAAAAAACAAAUCGACCAUACGUCGACAUGGACAUACGAGAUCACAGCGAGAAUGGAAACCAACGAGAGGCAAGCAGUACUGGGGACAUCUAUGAGGAUAUUGGCAGCACUGAAGAUCUGGGAAAUAACAAACAAGACUACUACAUCAUGGAAAAGCCUGGAGCAGAAACGGAACAAGGUGAUACCGUCAAGUUGCACAACGAAAGGAAAGAAAAAAGAAAGCUACCUGACGUCAACAAGGGCAUACCAGGUCACUGCGAGAAUGGAAAGCAACGAGAGGCAAGUGCUACUGAUGAAUCCUAUGAGGAUGUAAGCAACUCUGAAGUUCAUGGAACUGACAAACAAGACUACUAUAUCAUCCCUGGAGCAAAACAAGAACAAGAUCCUGAAAUGUAUCUUAAUACCGGUACAAACAAUGACGUUCCUGAACCAAUUGUUCGCAUCCGUGAUGAAGACGAUGAAGAUGUGUACGAGGAAAUCGAAGAUUAUAUGAACGUUUCGGCGAAGUAACGGUGUAUAAACAUUGCAUUUAUUUACACUAAUCGCAUCUUUUACGAAAUGAUGAUAUUUACAUAAGAUUGAAAGGGCCACGAUGGCCAA